UGCAAUGUCACGUAUUUGCUAGUAGCUCUGCACUUAACAUUCUCUUAUUCUUGGUGUAAUCUUCAGAAAAUGCUCUUAAAAUUGUCGCAGCAAAGCUCCUUAUGGCGUCAGGCAUACCAAGCUAUCUCCAUGGCUCGUUUUGAAGGGAAAGUUGCUAUAGUCACUGGCUCUUCCUCCGGUAUUGGAGCGGGAACAGCGAAAUUGUUUGCAAAGGAAGGUGCAAAAGUAACAAUUACCGGAAGAAAAUCACAAGGCCUUGAGGCCACAAAACGCUCCAUAAUUGAUGCUGGUGGCAAGGAGGAUAAUCUCAAUGUUGUCAUUGCCGAUGUCACUGAUGCUGCUGGUCGAGAGAACAUUGUUACGAGUACUGUCCAAAAGUGGGGCAAGAUUGACAUUUUGGUAAAUAAUGCUGGUGGGUUAUUGCGCGACGAGCACGGUUCCGGCGGUGUUGACGCUGAUGCAGAGGUGUUGAAGAAAACAAUGGAUUUGAAUGUUUACAGCGUUGUGCAAAUGGUGCAACUAGCACGACCACAUCUGGUGAAAGCAAAGGGAGAAAUAGUCAACGUCUCCAGCAUUGCUGCAUUACCCAAAGGAGCUCCAAGUUGUGUGUACUACGGUAUGGCUAAAGCUGCCCUAGAUCAGCUGACGCGUGGACUGGCCGUCGAGCUCAUAGCUGAAGGUGUUCGAGUAAAUAGUGUAAAUCCAGGCGUGGUACUCACAAACUUCAUACAAAGUUCUGGAAAAUCGGACGAAGAUGCGGCUGAAUUCUACAAACGGUACGAGGAAUCACCGGAUUGCUUGCCAAUUGACGAAGUUGGAAAGCCCGAAGACAUAGCGAAUGUGAUAGCAUUUUUGGCUGAUCGCAGCGCAUCUCGAUACAUCGUCGGUCAAACAAUUGUUGCUGAUGGUGGUUCUAUGCUAGUCAUUGCUUCGAAUGCGUCUGGUGCCAAAAGAAGGUCCAAGUAGAAGUCCAAUAGUUACAGGAAAAUUAGUUAGAAACCAUCAUCUAUACGUGUACAUGGCCACUCCAUGCAUUUUUUGUAAUUCUAUCACGUUCUCUGUUUCAUUCUAUGUUUGUUCUUGGUAAACAAUUUGUUGC